UACUUAAACCAAGACCCUAACUCAGUAUCUGCUCUGAGCCUGACUCAUAAAAGCAGCGUUCGUCUCACUUUACACCAGUUUAGAAACCAGGAGAGACUGAGAACACUGUCGGGACUUCAAAAUUAGAACUGAUGCCCAUGAUGGGAGCUCACAGCUUUGGACGCAUCACAGUCAUUGUGCUGGCCAUUGUUGUCUAUAUAAUUGGAAUUUCAUUCAAUGCACUUGCAGCACAAGGGACAGGUCCUUUUCUGAGAAAGACUGCAAAUAUCUCUGACCAGUACAACACACAGAUCACUCCGUCCGGAUGGACCUUCUCUAUCUGGGGUGUUAUCUAUUUCUGGCUAACUGCUCUGCUUAUCUACAUUGUCUCGACCAUAUUCAGAAGGAACGCAUAUGGCCAGAUGUACUGCAGCCCUGCCGUGCUGCCUUAUGGCUUCUUCAUCUCCUGGACUGUGAACAUUCUGUUUAACAUUGCCUGGCUUUUGCUGUGGGACAGAGAGGUGAUGAUUGGAGCGCUGAUCUUGCUUGCUUUGGUUGCAUUCACAAACUACUUGACGAUAUUCUUCUCCUGUCAUGGACUCAAAAUAUAUGGAGCUUGGUUAAACAAGUAUCACAACAUAGAUCUCUGGUGCAUUCGAGUAUUGGUUCAGAAUGGCCUGGCUGUGUACGCAACAUGGACAAGCAUUGCUACACUGAUCAACCUGGCCAUCGUAGUGAGUUAUAAUGGUUCAAUGGACAGAUCAGAUGCAGCAACACUGUCACUGUCCCUCCUCCUAGUGGAAGUGGCUGCUUGGUUUAUUCUGGAGAACUUUGUGAUUGACAAACAUGUCCGGUACAUUCUGACAGUCUAUCCUGUGAUCAUCGUCGCAUUAUCUGGGAACAUGACGAAAAACUUUGAUAGAUCAGCGCCCAGUCGCAAUGCAAUCUUUACUGCGGCCCUGCUUGCACUGGCCUGUGUGCUGUUUGCAGUGAAGGUGUGUUUGAUGGUCUGGAGGCACCUGAAACGGCCCUUAUACAGCGGCAGUGAUGGGGAGGAGGUGGCAUCACCAAUGGACACAGCUGAAAAGCAGAAAACGAUCUUUAUUUAAAACAAAGUCUGGACAUGAUGCUGAUAUAAGCUGAUACACCUUGUAUUAAGCAAUCUGUUUUUCUUUAAUGAAGGCUAUUUUUAUACAGUUAUUAUAUUGUUUAUGUGUAAUUAUGAUAAUCAAAUACAAACACGCACAUCUGUACAUAUAUAAGAAAUUGUGCCUUAAUAUUAUUGUUUUUAUUUUAAUAUUUUAUUUUGUAUAAAGGUGUUUAAUGGCCAAAAAUGAAGUAGCACUCUAAACAGUGCACAUUUAAACUGAUUACAGCAUACCUCACAUCUGUGAAUUUUAUACUGCUUUAAAGCCAUAAAAGGUAAUGUUAUAUAAACACUGUAUUAUUGCAUUACUCUGGAUUUUUUUAGUUCCAUUUACUAAUAAGUUUAAUGUAGUUUUUACUUAUUUGAUGUGUACAAACAGAUAUGUGAUGUAUUUAUUGAACUCCAGGAGACCAGAAUGUUUAGGUGAUACUGCACUGGCUAAACUAAUACAACUUUUUAAUCAAUUUAUUUCAUGUGUAACCCCAGAGAAAUAAAUGUUAUAUUCCAAUUCCAGUUUCUACAUUUAUCUUGGAUUAAAACCAACUGCAACUAA